UGGCAUCACACAUCGUUUAGCUGUGCUCACGAACAAUUCAAAAUGAAGUGCUUUGCUGUUCUCGCUACCCUUUUGGUCGCCGAUAUGGCCACGGCUCAAUACGGUUAUCAAGGCUACCCCUUGCCGUUGGCUCGAUCUGGACUGGCCUACAAGACGGUGUCAUCCUUGAGCCAUCCCGGAGCCCAAGCCGUCGUGGCUGGACCCGCUCCCGUGGUGAGGAUCAAUGCUCCUUCCCAUUAUGAGAACUUGGCCGCACCCCUGGCCUACAACAGCCCCGUUGUGGCUGGCGCCCCUGUUGUCGCCGAAGUUGCUCCUCUGCCCGUCCCUUCGCCCGCCAACCCUUUGUCCAGCUCCCAAUACCAUUCUCAGGAUGAGUUCGGCAACUACGAGUACGGUUACAACAACAUCAACAGUGCCAAGCAAGAGCGAGGAAACGCUUUGGGAGGAGUCGAGGGCUCUUACUCCUAUGUGGAUGGUCAUGGUCUUCCCCAAAAAGUGAACUAUGUGGCUGAUGAUUAUGGCUUCCGUGUGUCCGGCUCCAAUGUGGUGGCUUCCCCAGCGACUUUGGGCCGCAAGAAGAGGCAAGUGGCUCCUUUGGCUUAUGCCGCUCCUUACAAUUCGCCCAUUGCUCCCGCUGCUUAUGCUGGAUACGCCCCUUAUGCCCCCAUUGCCGCUCCUGUUGCUCCUGUGGCUUACGCCACUCCUGUGGUUUCCGCCCCUGCUUCCCGCAAGGCCAUCCUGACCACGACUCAAUUGAACCCUACCCACGCCGUCUCCUAUCGUGUGGACUAAAUCUACCAAAGCAUCUCAUUUUUUCAAAUCUAGUUAUCGAGUAAUCGCGUCUGUAGACGGAGACUCAACUUGUCGGCACAGAACAUAGUCGAUGUGUGAACAAUCCAAAAUCAAAAAUAAAGCUAAACAACUU